GUAACCAUACACGCGCGAACAUUCUCUAGUCACACUCACAACACUAGUCAUACUUACUCUCUGCAUUUUCUUCAUCCUCUGUUCACACACUCUCACUAUUUUUGGAGACCGACACUUCGCCGUUCGUCUCUCCGUUUAUCGGAGAUCUAGCUAACAUUACUGCAUUUCCGACCAACCUUCUUUAUAUUUCUUUAACUUAUUAUGCUUUAAAAUGAACCGGAACAGGACCGAGAGCCCGGUUUAUGCGCACCAGUGGAGCAGCGAAUCUAGUGGUUUAGGCACAGUUCCGGCAUCGCCACCGACAAUGUCGCCUGGGCGUCCACACCACGCGCGCUCUUCUUCCGUCUCUGGAAUUUCAUCCAUUAAGAGAAACCAAAAUGUGGCGGCUAAAGCAGCCGCUCACCGUCUGGCUCAGGUCAUGGCUUCUCAAACAGCAGACGAUGAUGAUGAGGAAGACGACGAUCUAGGGUUUCGAUAUAGUGCACCUCCUCCGUUCUCUCUUUCAAGAAAUUCUAAUGCUAAUAGCAGCCCUAAACCGGCUCCUACCAGAACCAAUAAUAAUAAUAAUAGAUCUCCUUCACCUUCAUUGGCGAGGAACAUACUAACGGAAACGGCACCAGUUAGAUCAACAGCAGCAGCACCGCCACCAGUGCCGCCUAGUAAAGGAACAUUGAGGACUGCUGUUUCUUUGCCGCCAUUAGAGCCUCCUAGAAAUGGUCACAGAGACGGUAAAAGAUUCUUGUUGGAUGUUGGACUUUUGAAACCGAAAGAUGCAGGAGAUCUGCGUGAGGCUUCGGCUCUUCGUGAUGAACUUGAUGUACUACAAGAAGAGAACGAGAACAUGCUUGAGAAGCUUAGGCUUGAGGAAGAUAGAUGUAAGGAAGCAGAGGCUAGAGUUAGAGAGCUUGAGAAACAGGUUGCUGCUCUUGGGGAAGGAGUAUCCCUGGAAGCCAAAUUAUUAAGCAGAAAAGAAGCUGCAUUGCGUCAACGAGAGGCUGCUCUUAAGGAUGCAAAGCAAAAGAAUGUGGUUGAUAAGGAAAUUGUAUCUAUUCAGUCUGAGGUGGAGAACGCAAAAGAGGAGGCCGCAACUGCUAUGAGACAGCUUAAUGGAGCUGAAUCUGAACUGAGAGCGCUUCAGUCAAUGACACAAAGAAUGAUAUUGACUCAGAAGGAAAUGGAGGAAGUUGUUCUUAAGAGGUGCUGGCUUGCUCGUUACUGGGGCUUAGCUGCAAGAUACGGUAUAUGUCCAGAAGUUUCUGUAUCAAAGCAUGAAUACUGGUCAUCUGUAGCUCCCCUUCCCUUUGAGGUUGUUGUUUCUGCUGGACAAAAAGCAAAGGAGGAAUGCUGGGAGAAAGUAGGUCAUGAUGACAAUGAAAAGAAAAGUACCCUUGUGCAGGACCUGAGUGAUCUAACUGGAGAAGGAAACAUCGAAAGUAUGCUUUCAGUUGAAAUGGGCUUGAAAGAGCUCGCUUCCUUGAAGGUUGAGGAUGCCAUUGUACUUGCAUUAGCUCAACAAAGGCGGGCAAAUUCAGCCCGAGUGUCCAUCUCAGAUAUCAAAUCACCAGGUGAUCCAAAAUACAUGGAAGCAGUUGAACUGAGUCCUGAGGAGUCUGAAGACGUUCUUUUCAAAGAGGCUUGGCUUACCUAUUUUUGGAGCAGAGCCAAAGCCAACGGUAUAGAGGAGGAUAUUGCCAAAGAACGACUUCAGUUUUGGAUCAACCGGCGGGGGCAUUCACCUAGUUCACAUGAUGCCGUUGAUGUGGAACAAGGUCUGACGGAGCUCAAGAAGCUGGGGAUAGAGCAUCGACUGUGGGAAGCAUGUCGCAAAGAAAUUGAUCAGGACUCGUCCAAUAAUGUAACACGGAAAUGUGAUGCACCCUAAGCCUGAGAUAGCCUGUACAAAUUGUGUCUCUGGGAAUAUGUUAAUGCAUACAUCUUAUUCUUUUUAGUAUAUAGUCUCUAGUUUUGUAGCUUAAGCAUAGUACCAUUAACAACUUAAGUAACCAAAAGUAGACAUCUAAUUACUGUUUA